GCUUUGUCAAAUCUUCCUGCUCACGCAAGAAAAGUUUCACUCCAAGAUGUCGUAGUCGUCGCAAGGUUAAGUCUUCAUGUGGUGAAAAAGGUGGAAAUGAGGAUAUUUGCAAAGACUCCUGUGAAGAGACCAAGGAAAACUCUUGUAAAGAUGCCUGUUGUAAGAUCAAAGAAACCCCAUUGAAAUUCAGUGAAUCAAAAGAUCCAGAGUCUUUGACUUCCUAUGAAGCAGUUGCUUUCAACGUUUCUGGCAUGACUUGUACUGGUUGCAGUAAAAAAGUUUUAAAGGUUUUACAAAAUAUUGAGGGUAUUAGCUCAAUCAAUGUCACUUUUGUCACUGGUAUUGCUGAAUUUACAAUCAACAAGGAUAUCUUGGAUGUUCCCCAGGCUGUUGCUAGAAUCUCAAAAGAAACAGGUUUCAAGCUAACAAAAAUUGAGUAUGAUUUCCAAACCAUUGAUAUGAUCAUUGGGGAAGGAGAUUUGAACAAACUGGAGGAAUUUGUUGAAUCAAUUGAGAAAUUGGAUAAAUCCACAUACAGAGUCUCCUAUGAUCCCCAAUUUAUCGGUGCUAGAUCACUUGUUUCCAAGAUUCCAGGCUCAAAAUUAGCACCACCAAAGUUUAACAAAGCUUUGGAGGAAGGGAAAAAGAAACUUCGUUUGAUGUGGAUUAAAUGUGCUCUAUCAUUAGCUUUAGCCAUUCCUGUUGUUGUCCUGGAUUGGUCUCAUAAUUCGGUCCCUUAUGCCACAAAAUCUAUCGUUUCAUUGGUUUUAGCUUCAUUGGUUCAAAUUAUAGCCAUUCCUGAAUUUUAUAUUGGUGCUUUAAAAGCAUUAAUCUAUAGUAAAGUCCUGGAAAUGGAUAUGUUGAUUGUUAUUAGUAUUACUGCUGCUUAUGUGUUUUCAUUAGUCAUUUUUAUUUUGAAAAGAGUUGGUGUUUCGAUAUCUAUUAAUGAGUUUUUCGAAACCAGCUCGUUAUUAAUAGCAUUGGUCUUGGUUGGAAGAUUAUUGUCUGAAAUUGCAAAAGUUAAGGCUGUUUCCUCGAUUUCAUUAAGAUCUUUACAAAUUGAAACAUCUAUCUUACUUCAAGAUGGCGAUGAAAUUGAAAUUGAUUCUCGUUUGCUGGAAAUGAAUGAUAAAAUUGUCAUCUCUCCUCAUUCAAGAGUUGUUACUGAUGGUUUUAUUGUUUCCGGAGAAGGCCCAAUUGAUGAAUCCAUGAUUACAGGUGAGUGUUUACCUGUUAUGAAGAAAGUGAAUGAUGAAGUUAUUGCAGGAACUUUUAAUGGCUCUUCUAAGCUAAUUGCUCAAGUCACAAGACUACCAGGGAAAAACAGUAUCACCGAUAUUGCAGAAUCUGUGGAAAAUGCUUUGGCUGAAAAGCCCAAAGUUCAAGAUUUAGCUGAUAAAAUCGCUGGGUAUUUCAUUCCUGUUGUCAUUAUGAUUUCAACUAUUGUCUUCAUUGUUUGGAUCAUUGUCGGUUUGAAAGUUAGACAUCAAUCAGGUGGUAAAGCCGUUUCUGUUGCAAUCACUUAUGGUAUUGCAGUGUUGGCAAUUUCAUGCCCUUGUGCAAUUGGUCUUGCUGUUCCAAUGGUGUUAAUCAUAGCAGGUGGAGUAGCUGCACGGGAAGGUAUUAUCAUUAAACAAUCAAAUGUUUUGGAAAAUGCAUAUAAGGUUACCGAUGUUGUUUUCGAUAAAACUGGUACACUUACUGACAAUGAAAUGAGAGUGGAAGACUUCAAAAUCUUGGAAGAUAAUGGAAUCGAAAAUGAUGAAGUGAUCUCUGUUGUCAAGCAAAUGACAUUGAACAACACCCAUCCUGUUUCAGUUGCGGUUGCCAAUUUUUUAGAUCAGAAGGAUGCUUCAUCUGCUGCUAAGAUUGAAAAAAUUGAAUCAAUCUCUGGUUCUGGUAUUCAAUGCGAAUUUAAGCAUUCAAUUUUGAAGCUGGGAAAUCCAUACUGGACUAAACUUCACAACCAUGAAGUUGUCAAACCGCUAUUGGAGAAAGGUUAUACAUUGCUUUGCUGUGCAAGUGACUCCAAGUUGAUCUGUGUUUUUUCAUUGAGAACAGAGCUAAAACCUGAAGCGAAGGAUGUUAUUCAAUUUUUAUCAAAGAAAGGUCAAACGUGCCAUAUUGUAAGUGGUGAUAAUAGGAAAUCAGUGGAAAUGGUUGCCAAUGAAUUGGGCAUUUCCUUAUCAAACAUUCAGUUUAGAGCUACCCCAAAGUCUAAACAAGCUUUUAUCAAGUCUUUAAAAGGUGCUUCAAAGGAAAAGGUUGUCCUAUUUUGUGGCGAUGGUACCAAUGACGCUAUUGCUGUUGCUCAAGCUGAUAUUGGUGUUCAAAUUGGAACAGCCUCUGAAGUAACCAAAGCUUCAUCAGAUGUUAUUUUAUUGGGUGGGUUAGAUGGUAUUGUGAAGUUGCAAAGCCUUUCAAAAAGAACCUUUAAUAGAGUUUUCUUCAACUUCAUUUGGUCAGCCAUUUACAACUUAUUUGCAAUUUUGCUAUCAUCUGGUGCUUUUGUCAAAGCCCGUAUCCCUCCUGCUUACUCUGGAAUUGGUGAAAUUGUUAGUAUUGCACCAGUUGUUUUAGCAGCUAUCUCUCUAUCCAUUAAAUGGAAAAAAGAAUAGAAC